CUCGUCUCUUCCCUUAUUCGGUCCCAGGGCCCCGAUUAAGAGAGAGGGGGGAAGAUGGCGGCGACGUCGGCCUUCGCCGCGACCGCCGCCGGCGUCGCGGCCUUCGCUGCUCUUCUCUCCUGCCUCGUCCUCUCCGGCCUCCUGCCGAAGAAGCAGAAUCGUAGGAGAAGGAGAGGCCUCGUCGACGCCGUCGGAGACACCCCUCUCAUCAGAAUCAACAGCCUCUCCGACGCCACUGGCUGCGAGAUCCUUGGGAAAGCCGAGUUUUUGAACCCCGGCGGAAGCGUGAAGGAUCGCGUUGCAGUCAAAAUUAUUGAAGAGGCACUAGAAUCCGGGGAACUUGUGCAAGGUGGUGUUGUGACCGAAGGAAGUGCUGGUAGUACUGCAAUUAGCCUUGCCACAAUUGCUCCAGCAUAUGGAUGCAGAUGCCAUGUUGUUAUUCCUGAUGACGCUGCGAUUGAAAAGUUGCAAAUAAUUGAAGCACUUGGAGCUACUGUUGAAAGAGUAAGACCAGUUUCUAUUUCUCACAAAGACCACUAUGUAAAUGUUGCAAGGCGGAGGGCCUUGGAGGCCACAAAUAGAGCUGCCAUGCAUGGAGAUGCCAGAGAAGCUGAAAGCAAUGGCUUCAUACAAAUGAACAGUCAUGCACCAAAGCAAAUGAAAAGCGAUAUUCCCUCCUGUGAUUGUAAAGGUGGGUUCUUUGCCGAUCAGUUUGAAAACCUAGCAAACUUCAGGGCGCACUAUGCGUGGACUGGUCCUGAGAUAUGGGAGCAAACUGAAGGCAAACUGCAUGCUUUUGUUGCUGCGGCUGGUACAGGCGGCACCAUUGCUGGAAUAUCACGAUUUCUCAAGGAAAAAGAUCCAAGAGUUAAGUGCUUCCUUAUCGAUCCUCCUGGGUCUGGUUUGUUCAACAAAGUUACCAGAGGAGUAAUGUACACAAAGGAGGAGGCAGAAGGCCGACGGCUGAAGAAUCCAUUUGAUACUAUCACAGAAGGAAUCGGAAUCAACAGAUUGACCAAGAAUUUCAUGAUGGCAGAGUUGGAUGGAGCUUAUCGUGGAACAGACCGAGAGGCUGUUGAAAUGUCCAGGUUUCUUCUCAAGAAUGACGGACUGUUUCUUGGGAGUUCUUCAGCGAUGAACUGUGUCGGAGCUCUGCGAGUGGCACAAUCUUUAGGUCCAGGGCACACAAUUGUAACGAUUUUGUGCGACAGCGGUAUGAGGCACCUUAGCAAGUUCUGUAACACUCAGUAUUUGGCUGAUCGCGGAUUGACGCCAACUGCAUCUGGUCUUGAAUUUCUAGAUAGUCGAUAGUCCUUGGCUUUGAAGAGUUCAGUUUGGAGAUGUUACACGGGGCAGAUAGACAUCUGACGGCCUUCAGGCAACACAGAUAUUGUUUGUAGGGUUAAUGUUUAUUAAAUCCAAGUUUCUUUUUGCAUCAAAAUUAGUUUAUUUUUCUCCUAUUAUUCCACCUUAAUCAGCUUCAAAGGAUAAUAAUCAUGUCCGAACUUAUUUUGUUUAAAUAACUUAAUGUUGUAAAGUGUUUUACAAGUUUUCAUGAUGAAUUUCCUGUAAAAGUCAAGUUGAUUAUCAUAUUCUAUGAAUUUUUCAUGUAA